UCUUUUCCUUUUCCACCCGGCGCUGCUUGGCUUGAGCAGGGAAUGUGAAGGGCUCGUUCCUGGACGCCUACAAGCCCCGGCAUGCCUCGCGCGGGCUCGGGCAAGCGUUUCCGGUUGGAGCAGCCAGCUGGUUGUAAACAGGCAGAUUCUGCUUGGAGUUCGGAUUGGGACCUCAGAGAAUCAAGCCACCACAACCCCACCAUGUCUCUCUCUGAGUGUUACAUCGCGGUGAAGCUGGCCGACCAACCCCUGGCUCCCAAAUCCAUCUUGCGGCUGCCGGAAAGCGAGCUCGGCGAGUGCCCGCUGGGGGGUUGCAGCAUCUCGUACCUGAAACAGCUCAUUACGGGAAAGUUACAGGAGUCCAUCCCUGACCCGGAGUUCAUUGAUCUCAUCUAUUGUGGCCGGAAACUGCGGGAUGAACAAACCCUCGAAUUCUACGGGAUUCAGUCCGGCUCUACCAUCCACGUCCUCCGAAAAUCCUGGCCCGAACCGGAGCAGAAACCAGAGCCGGUGGAUAAAAUGGCGGCCGUGAGAGAGUUUCGCGUCUUACACACGGCUUUACACAGCAGCCCCGUCUUCAGAGAUUCGGUCUUCAAGAUGUUGGGGAAUAAGGAAUCCCUGGAUCAGAUCAUUAUCGCCACCCCCGGCCUCAGCAGUGAUCCCAUCGCUUUGGGGGUCCUGCAGGAUAAAGACCUUUUCUCUGUUUUUGCAGACCCAGCCAUGCUGGACACGCUCAUCCCAAGCCACCCUGCUUUGGUGAAUGCCAUCGUCUUGGUCCUCCAUUCUGUGGCAGGCAGCGCCCCCUUGCCCACCGCAGAGACCUCCUCGCGCAGCAGCAUGCCUUCCAGCUCCUACCGCGACAUGCCGGGAGGGUUCCUUUUCGAAGGCCUCUCUGAUGAUGAAGAUGACUUCCAUCAGAGCACAAGGACCACGCCAUCCAGCAGCACCUCUGGAUCCCGGCCGGCGUCUCUUGGCUACACCGGCGCCGCGGGGCCUCGGCCCAUCACGCAGAGUGAGUUGGCCACGGCCCUCGCCCUGGCCAGCACCCCAGAGAGCAGCUCACAAACUCCGACGCCUGGAACGCAGGGCCAUUCUUCUGGCACGUCUCCCAUGUCUUCUAGCGUGCAGUCGGGAACACCCAUCACCAAUGACCUCUUCAGCCAGGCCUUACAGCACGCCCUCCAGGCAUCAGGACAGCCUAACCUUCAGAGCCAGUGGCAGCCCCAGCUGCAGCAGCUGCGAGACAUGGGCAUCCAUGACGACGAGCUGAGCCUCCGUGCCCUGCAGGCCACCGGGGGAGACAUCCAGGCUGCCCUGGAGCUCAUCUUUGCGGGAGGAGCCCCUUAGCCAUCCCCAAGGCCUCCCCCCAUCCCGCAGGAGGUGAUGGUGUGCAUCCGACCUCCGCCCCACCAAGUCAGCCCUUUGACGCGCGUCGCCUCCCCGUUUCCCGGUGUGCUCUUCCUCCCUCACGUCAUCCAGAGUCUAGAACGUUGUGUCCAUCUCGUUCUCCUGGUCUCCGGACGAUGGCCGUUGCAUCGGGGAGCUCUGAACAUCGGACUGAAGUUCAGCAAAAUGGCUGCCUUAAGAUGGGGAAUGUUCCAGGAUCAGAAUUUUGACGGCUGCUCCAGAAAUGAUCCAGCUUUGCCGCCUCCCGAAAAGGCUUCCUUGAUAACGUCAAGAAUACGCUCAUUUUUUCCCCCCCUCUUCCGUGUGGUGGUUUUAUUCCUGCUCUGGCCAAGAUCCCUUUGUGGUUUGCUGGACUCUUUAAACUGUCUCAAUAAAUCUGGUUUCCUCCAGAUUAUCCUUUGCUUGUUUCUUGCUGCUGCUAGUUAGGUGAUCACCGCAGGUAAUCCUUACCACCAUUUUAUUUUAGUUUGCUUUUUUAUUUCAGUUGCCCCCGGAGAUAAGGAGAAUCCAUGACCUCAAUGCCUUCCGUCGUUCCCUGAAAACCCAUCUUUUCCAGCAAGCCGGGUUGGCUUAAGAAGAAAUUUUAAAAUUCUUUUAAUUAGUCUGUGAUUUUUAACUUUCGGGCCAAAAUUUAUAUAUAUUUUUAAAUGUUUUAAUAUUUGUAUUCUAUGUUUUUUAUCUUGGCUGUACACCGCCCUGAGUCCUCAGGGGGAAGGGCGGUUUAUAAAUUGGAAAUUAAAUUAAAUUAAAUUA